AUUCAUAACCUUAUAUACUUCUCAUUCACUUAUUUCUUCUGUCAACAUCUUUUUUCUUUCUGGGGUUUUCUAUUUUGCACCGUUUAUUUUAGCUUAAACUAAAACAUUAACCAUGCAUCAAAGCUUCUAGCUUGUUAUAAGCUGGGAAGAUCCUUUUUCCUUCCGUUCUGAAAACUUGGGGAAAAGCAAAGCAAAGAAAAAAGAAAGGGUUCCUUUGCUUUUUUUUUUUUUAAUUUCUAAGAGUGGAAGUUUCAACUUUCAGCUCUGCUUUAAUUCUACAUUGUUCCUUUUUUUGUAAAAAAAAAAUUUAUCUUCUUUUUGAGUUAACAUAACAGUGAAUUUGAUUUUUCGAUUCUGUUAUUUAUGUCUACUUUGAUCUCCAUUGUUCUAUUUUUUGUGUUCUCUUGAUUCUGUUAUUGACAAAAUCAUUCCUUUGUUUCGUCUUUUUCUACUUUUUCCGUUUUUGCUUUAUCUCCGCCUUUUGGUUUUCCCUCGAUUCGGUACUCAAACUUUGAACAAUUUCCCUUUCCUCUAUCUCUCUCUCUCAAAAUUUUAUGCUCUGUUUGGUCCUCAGAAGACUAAAAUUAGCUUCUUCCUUUUUCCUUUAGUUUUCAACUUUAUCUUCCUUUGUUUUCUCCUAAUUGACAAUCUUUACUUAAAACUUUAUUAGGCUUAGAUUUUUUUUGGACCCAUUUAAGUAAAAUUUCAAAUAAUGUAAUAUUGGUUCCUAAAUGUGUAAUUUCGAUUCCUUUUACACGUUUUCUCAGCUAGCCCUUACUCUUUGUUUUGAUCUUUCUUUUGAGUUCUAUUUGUGAACAGAGAAGGUAAAGCUUUAAGCAUGAUCUUUAAUAUUUCAAGGCCUUUAAUUUUGUCUUCUCUUCAAUCUCUCACUCCCUUAGCAUUGCUAGUCGUAAUUUCCAAGCAUACAUGUGCCACAGAUGAAAAAAGAAAGAAAGAAAGACUUUGUAUCUUAUAACUGGUUUUGUUAUCGAUCUACGGAACCCUCAGUGGAUUAUAUUUGACCAAGUUUUGUACAUUGAGGUGGAAAGUGGCCUGCGGUCUGAUGUGUGGGAAUCUUUGGUGUGAUAGUAUUUGGCUUGGUUGACCAUUCCUGCAACUGCAUAUAAUUUCACGUGAGAUCUGUUCUGGCUCAAGGAGGACCUUGUGCUUUUAACUUCAUCAGAUGUCUUCUUUGUGGAGCUGAGGAAAUGGGGUGUUGUGUCUCGACUAGUAGUCGGAGUACUUGCAGUACCAGGAGCCAUGGGGGGGCAGUUUCUCCUUCGUGUUUUGAAGUUGGAUUUUGUGGGCAGAAGAGAACUAAGAGAACAUUCUCAGAUCAUGUUAUCGCAUUGCAGCAUUUACCCUCAGUACCCAACAGGAUUUUCACAAAUGGAAAGAGCAGAACUUCUUGCAUAUUUACUCAGCAGGGUCGUAAGGGAAUAAACCAGGAUGCCAUGAUUGUAUGGGAAGAUUUUAUGUCAGAAGAUGUGACCUUUUGUGGUGUUUUUGAUGGCCAUGGUCCACAUGGCCAUCUCGUUGCUCGGAAAGUUAGAGAUGCCCUGCCCCUUAAGUUGCUGUCCUCCAUGCAUUCUUAUCAGUCAAGGCAAAAUGGGUCAGGGAGAACAUGUUUCAAGGGAAAUUCAAAGAAAUCGGAUGGUGGAGAUUCUGAGAAGGAUGGUUCUGCUGAGGAUAGAUUAAAUUCUAUAUGGAGGGAAGCAUUCAUGAAAUCAUACAAGGCCAUGGAUAAGGAGUUGAGGUCCCAUCCUAAUUUGGACUGCUUCUGUAGUGGUAGCACUGCUGUCACUAUUGUGAAACAGGGCUCCAAUCUUUUCAUGGGAUAUAUUGGGGAUUCUCGAGCAAUUAUGGGAUCCAAGGACAGCAAUGAUUCAAUGGUGGCAAUCCAAUUAACAGUUGAUCUGAAGCCCGAUUUACCAAGGGAAGCGGAAAGGAUUAAAAGGUGCAAAGGUAGGGUCUUUGCUUUGCAAGAUGAACCUGAAGUACCUAGAGUAUGGUUGCCAUUUGAUGAUGCCCCUGGGCUAGCAAUGGCUCGAGCUUUCGGCGAUUUUUGUUUGAAGGAAUAUGGUGUUAUCUCUAUACCUGAAUUUUCCCACCGGAUCCUUACAGAGAGAGAUCAAUUUAUUGUUCUCGCCUCAGAUGGGGUUUGGGAUGUAUUGAGCAAUGAAGAGGUGGUUGAGAUUGUAUCUUCAGCUCCUACCCGGUCAUCAGCUGCCAGGAUCUUGGUCGACUCAGCUGCACGGGAAUGGAAACUAAAAUACCCUACUUCAAAGAUGGAUGAUUGUGCAGUUGUUUGCUUAUUUUUGGAUGGGAAAAUGGACUCAGAAUCUGAUUAUGAGGAACAGGGCUUUUCUUCUGCAACCCUUCACAGUAAUCAUUCUGGUAAUGCAGUUGAAUCUGAUGAUGGCCAGAAGUCGGAGCCAUCUUUGCAGAGGAAUUUUACUGUUAGAUCAUCAGAAGAAAGUGAUAGUUAUGGAAGAUUGCUGCCAGAGUUUGAAGGAAAUGCGGAUACAGUUGCUGCUGAAGAUCAAAAUUGGUUAGGUUUGGAAGGUGUCACACGAGUGAACUCACUCGUUCAACUCCCAAGAUUUUCUGAGGAAAGGCCAAACCCAUAA